GAUGGAGUGUGGUCGGAAGUGAGGUGAAUAGAGACAGAGGAGACACAAAAAGAGAGAGAUGGCUGAGUGAUUGAGUCGAUUUCGAUGCGCUUCUUCUUCUCCUUCUUCUUCUUCUCAGCUCGAAUCGAGUGUUGAGUGCUUUAAUUCAACAGGAAACACACCGAUCGAAAUUCAGCAUUUCCUGCUGUAAAUUAGGGGACAAUGGAGGCGACUGGGGGAAUGGUGGCUGGAUCUCACAAGAGGAAUGAGCUAGUUAGAAUUUGCCAUGAAUCUGAUAGUGGGUCGAAACCUGUGAAGAAUCCGAAUGGGCAGAUAUGCCAGAUUUGUGGAGAUACUGUUGGAGUGACUGCCACUGGUGAUGUCUUUGUUGCUUGCAAUGAGUGUGCGUUCCCGGUUUGUCGUGCCUGUUAUGAAUAUGAGCGGAAAGAUGGGAAUCAAGCAUGCCCGCAGUGCAAGACUCGUUACAAGAGACACAAAGGGAGUCCGAGAGUUGAUGGGGAUGACGAUGAGGAGGACGGUGAUGAUUUGGAGAAUGAGUUUAGUUAUUCUCAGGGGAAAAUGAAGGCUAGAUCUCAAUGGCAGGCUGAUGAGGUUGAGCUCUCUGCAUCGUCUAGACAUGAAUCUCAGCAACCAAUCCCACUUCUUACCAAUGGACAGCCAGUCUCUGGUGAGAUUCCUCCUUCCAUACAAGAUACUCAUUCUGUUAGAAGUACAUCUGGUCCUUUGGGUCCUGGAGACCGUGUUCACUCCCUCCCUUAUGUUGAUCCACGACAGCCGGUUCCUGUGAGAAUAGUCGACCCUUCUAAAGACUUGAAUUCUUACGGACUUGGAAACGUUGACUGGAAGGAGAGGGUCGAAGGUUGGAAACUAAAACAGGAGAAAAACAUGGUAAACAUGAACAACCGAUACAGUGAAGGGAAAGGAGAUAUUGAAGGCACUGGAUCAAAUGGAGAAGAAUUGCAAAUGGCUGAUGAUGCUCGCCAGCCUAUGAGCCGCGUGCAGCCUAUUUCCUCUUCUCAUCUUACCCCCUAUCGUGUUGUGAUCAUUCUUCGGCUAAUCAUAUUGGGAUUUUUCUUGCAAUACCGUUGCACCCAUCCGGUGAAGGAUGCUUAUCCUCUGUGGCUGACAUCUGUUAUAUGCGAAGUUUGGUUUGCUUUGUCAUGGCUUCUCGACCAGUUCCCGAAAUGGUAUCCAGUUAGUCGUGAGACCUUUCUUGAAAGACUUGCACUGAGAUACGACAGAGAGGGCGAGCCUUCCCAGUUAGCACCUAUUGAUGUGUUCGUCAGUACCGUGGAUCCCAUGAAAGAGCCUCCUCUUGUAACUGCCAACACAGUCUUAUCCAUCCUGGCCGUGGACUACCCUGUCGACAAAGUCUCAUGCUAUGUUUCAGAUGAUGGUGCUGCAAUGCUUACCUUUGAAGCCCUCUCUGAAACGGCCGAGUUUGCCAAGAAAUGGGUACCUUUCUGCAAGAAGCAUCACAUCGAACCUAGGGCACCUGAGUUCUAUUUUCAACAGAAGAUAGAUUACCUGAAGGACAAGAUUCAACCUUCUUUCGUCAAAGAACGCAGAGCAAUGAAGAGAGAAUACGAAGAAUUUAAGGUCCGAAUAAAUGCUCUCGUUGCAAAGGCUCAGAAGAUGCCUGAAGAAGGGUGGACGAUGCAAGAUGGAACUGCUUGGCCUGGGAACAACACACGGGAUCAUCCAGGAAUGAUUCAGGUCUUUCUGGGGCAUAGUGGAGGUUUUGACACUGAUGGAAAUGAGCUACCUCGAUUGGUUUAUGUUUCUCGUGAGAAGCGUCCUGGAUUCCAGCAUCACAAGAAAGCUGGAGCUAUGAAUGCUUUGAUUCGUGUGUCCGCUGUCCUUACUAAUGGAGCAUAUAUUUUGAACGUCGAUUGUGAUCACUACUUCAACAACAGUAAAGCUUGUAAAGAAGCCAUGUGCUUUAUGAUGGAUCCUGCUUACGGAAGGAAGACCUGCUACGUUCAGUUUCCACAGCGUUUCGAUGGCAUUGACUUGCACGAUAGAUAUGCUAACCGUAACAUUGUCUUUUUCGAUAUCAACUUGAAAGGGUUGGAUGGCCUUCAGGGUCCUGUCUAUGUGGGAACUGGGUGCUGCUUCAACAGACAAGCGCUGUAUGGUUACGACCCUGUCCUAACGGAAGAGGAUCUGCAGCCAAACAUUAUCGUCAAGAGCUGUUGUGGGUCGAGGAAGAAAGGGAGGCAUGCCAAUAAGAAAUACGUCGAUAAGAAGAGAGCAGCUAAAAGGACUGAAUCGACCAUCCCGAUCUUUAAUAUGGAGGACAUAGAAGAGGGAGUAGAAGGAUAUGACGACGAGAAGUCACUUCUCAUGUCUCAAAAGAGCUUGGAGAAGCGAUUUGGUCAAUCUCCUGUCUUCAUUGCUGCCACCUUUAUGGAAAUGGGAGGCAUACCGCCCUCGACGAAUCCUGCAACUCUAUUGAAAGAAGCUAUCCACGUCAUUAGUUGUGGAUACGAGGAUAAGACUGAGUGGGGCAAAGAGGUAUACUGUUGUACUUUAUUAGUUUUUCGAGUCCAUCUAUGUGAUUUUUUGGUGUGGUUUCUUGAAAUGAAGUUUGAGGCAUUAACUCGGUCGGGCCUAAUUUUUCAGAUCGGGUGGAUCUAUGGUUCCGUCACGGAGGAUAUCUUGACCGGCUUUAAGAUGCACGCACGUGGAUGGAUUUCCAUCUACUGCAUGCCUCCUCGCCCAGCAUUCAAGGGUUCGGCUCCUAUCAAUCUGUCUGAUCGUCUCAAUCAGGUGCUUCGGUGGGCUCUGGGCUCCAUCGAGAUCAUGCUAAGUAGGCAUUGCCCGAUAUGGUAUGGCUACAACGGGAAACUGCAGCUCUUGGAGAGGCUCGCGUACAUCAACACCAUCGUGUACCCGCUCACCUCGAUCCCGUUGCUCGCCUACUGUGUUCUUCCUGCUAUAUGUCUUCUCACCAACAAAUUCAUCAUUCCCGAGAUAAGCAACUUUGCUAGCAUGUGGUUUAUUCUGCUCUUCAUCUCGAUUUUCGCCACCGGCAUACUCGAAAUGAGGUGGAGCGGCGUCAGCAUCGAGGACUGGUGGAGAAACGAGCAGUUCUGGGUCAUCGGUGGGACGUCCGCGCAUCUCUUCGCCGUCUUUCAAGGUCUCCUGAAGGUGCUGGCCGGCAUCGACACCAACUUCACGGUCACGUCGAAGGCGUCCGACGAGGACGGCGACUUCGCGGAGCUCUACGUGUUCAAGUGGACGGCCCUCCUCAUCCCCCCGACCACGGUCCUCAUGUUCAACAUCGUCGGGAUCGUGGCCGGCGUCUCGUACGCCAUCAACAGCGGGUACCAGUCGUGGGGCCCGCUCUUCGGGAAGCUCUUUUUCGCCAUUUGGGUGAUUGUCCACUUGUAUCCCUUCCUCAAGGGUCUCCUCGGGCGGCAGAACCGCACCCCGACCAUCGUCAUUGUCUGGUCGAUCCUACUUGCCUCGAUCUUCUCGCUGCUGUGGGUCCGCAUCGACCCCUUCACGUCGGACGCUUCGAAGCGGGCCGCGCAAGGGCAGUGUGGUGUCAACUGUUAAGGUUGCUUGUGUAUAUAUACAGAAGACAUGAAAGUAGAAACAACGUCAUUUUGGGGAGAAAGCUAAGUUCUGUUCUAUCAAUCUUUCUCAAGAUUUUUGGCCAAUUUCUAUUCAAACUAUAAUUUAUUUUUUUUGUAUACAGUGUUGUUUCAAGCAAGCAUUUGUAUUUAGUAUUUAUGGCAAAAACCUAUGCCUUAACACUUAUAAUAUUCCCCUUUUUUGGUGCA